GACUGUUUAGAAAAGUUCAGGUGAUCAGGAAGUAAGCUCUGAGAAAAAAAAAAAAAGAAGAAGACAAUUGUACAGACGGGAGUCAGUGCAGGGAACAGACACCAUGCGGACCAGACCUGCGGAAUGGUAAUUACCAACAUCUGGGCUGGUGAGGUGGACACAGAUCUGAAGACCAGAUGGAGGAAUUCUUUAGGACGCACCUGCGCUUCAUGGUGUGCCUUUGGGAUAAGAUUUGGCCUCCCCCAGAGCCAAACGGGCACCAUUUAGGAGGCAAUCAGAAUGUGCCAGGCGAUAAAACAUUGCAGCUAGGCACCUUGCCCAGGAUGGACGUGGUGACUACCCUCUACGAUUUUGACGCCAGGACCUCUGAUGAGCUGACGGUAAAAAUUGGAGAAGAGCUCUGUAAAGUGGGAGAUGAAGGGGAUUAUAUUAUGGUCAGGAAGUUGACAGGGACUAUGGACAUGGGACUUGUGCCAGCCAAUUAUGUGAUGCCAUUGGAGUUCUCCAAUAAUGCCACCAUGACUGACUCCCCAUCAGUUUUUACCAUGCCUAGUCCAAUCUGGUCUCGUCCUCAAAACACCGCAAACCUCAUCAAUGAGCCCUGGUAUGUGGAAGCAUCCGGGAGAUAUGAAGCUGAAAGGUUAUUGCUCUCUCAUCCUAAUGCUCAUGGAUCUUACCUGGUCAGACCCAGCGACACCAACCCUGGACAAUAUUCACUGUCAGUUCGUGUCGAGAAUAAAAUCACCCACUUCCGCAUCUCCAUAGACUCCAGGGGGGAGUACUACCUACAGCACGGGAGAACCUUCCCCACCAUCCAGGACCUGAUCGCCUUCCAUAAAAUCAACUGGAAGCUUCUGAAGGGGCCCCUGCUGCAGCCCUGCAACACCCAGGUCUUGUCUCUAGUGGACAACUGGGAAAGGCCAAGGUCCGAGUUUACACUUGAAAGAAAGCUGGGACAGGGGUUCUUCGGAGAAGUCUUUGAAGGCCUCUGGAACGAAGAGGAAAGAGUUGCCAUCAAGACCUUCAAACAAGAGGACCUGAACAGAAGUGACAUGGAGAAGGAGAUAAACGCGCUCAAGUCGCUGUGUCACCGGAACCUCAUCCGUCUCCUGGCUGUGUGUUCCAUUGGAGAGCCAGUCUACAUUGUCACCGAACUCAUGACCAAGGGAAACCUCCAAGAUUAUCUUAAAGGUGUAGAAGGGAAGCGCCUGAGAAAUUCCGAUUUUUUGAACAUAAUCUCCCAGGUUGCAGAUGGAAUGGCGUACCUGGAGAAGAAACAUGUGGUCCACAGGGACCUGGCCACAAGGAACAUUCUGGUCGGGGAUAACCUCAUUUGUAAGAUAGCUGACUUUGGACUGGCUCGCUUGCUGAAGGAUGAUAUGUACUCCCCAGAAAACAACCGAACCAUACCAAUAAGAUGGACAGCACCGGAGGCUCUUUCCCACUGUAAAUAUUCUACCAAGUCUGAUGUUUGGUCCUUUGGGGUCUUGAUUUAUGAAUUGUACACAUACGGCGAAACGCCAUACAAAGGGUGGAAUAACCGGGAUGUCUACGCUAAAGUCUCCCAUGGCUACAGACUUCCUCAGCCGGUGAACUGCAAAAUGGAAAUUUACAAUUUGAUGCUGCUUUGCUGGAAGGACAAGCCUCAGGACAGGCCCAGCUUCCAGGAACUGGUGGAAACACUAACGGUCAUCGAGAGGAUUGUUCGAUGACAAACUGGACUUUGAAAAAAUUUGAACAGUUAAG